AUGUACAAUUUCUUUGACAGAAUUAAAGCUCCACUCACCGAAUUUAGAAAAAAGAAUCCUUAUAAAAAAGAUGACGAUUUUGAAAAUAAUAACAGUGGUAUAAAUAAUAACAAUGGUAUAAAUAAUAUAACAAAUGACGGUAAUAAUAAUAAUAAUAGUAAUUGUAAUAGUAAUAAUAGUAAUAAUAAUAGUAAUAUUAAUGGUGGAAAUGUCACAGAAGGAUUUUUAACGAGUAGUAAUAAUAUAAAUAUACCAACCACACAACCUUUACCAGUUGUUGUAAAUGGAAUAGCACCAGUUCCAUCAUUACCAAUAUCGAUUUUAAAACAAUCACAACUUAUAGGUGCAAUUAAUCCUUUAGGUUCAAUUAAUCCUUUAGGUUCAAUUAAUCCUUUAGGUUCAAUUAAUCCUUUAGGUGGUUCGUCACCAAGAGGAUACUAUCAAAAUGUUGCAGCCAAUCAUACACAUUCACCAAAUUCAAUACCAACAAUAAUAUCUCAAUCGCCACUCGUAAAUCCAUUAAAUUCUUCAACUUCAAUACAUCAACAAUUACCAACAACUACACCAAUUUCUCAUCAUCAUCAGCAACAGCAACAACAACAGCAACAACAACAACAAUCAAUAGUACCACCACAACAUAUAGUACCAAAUGUAAUUUCUGUACCAAUUGAAAUUGCUGAAAUAACAUCAACAACACCAAUAUCAAUUGUUCCACAACAAACACCACAAACUCAACAAUCUCCAUCAAUAGGUUCACCGAUUUUAAAUCAAUCUAUUUCUGGAAAUAGUUUUCAACAACCACAACAACAAAUACACCACCAAACACCAAAUAGUAUUUUUUCAUCCUUUUUACAACCAAAUCAACAAACAACUUAUAAUCAUCAAUUACCAUCAUCAUUAGGUCAAUCAGCAUCAAUACAACAACAACAAAUUCAACAACAACAAUUAUUACAACAUUUAUCAAAUUUACAUCAAAUGCAUCAAACUCAAUUUACAUCACCACACAGUCCUGGUUUAUCAUUUCAACAACAAUUACAACAACAGCAACAACAACAACAACAACAAUAUCAACAUAAUACACACUCAUUAUCAAAUUCAAGAAAUAAAUCAAAUGAUCAAACUAAUAAUGAUGGAAUUGAAAUGAGAGAAAUUAAAAAAUCAACAAAUGGACUUAAUUUUACACAAAUUAAUAGUCCAUUAAAUAAUAUAUUACGUAAUACAUCAAGUUUAAAUUCUGGAAUAAAUUAUUCAUAUAAUCCAUAUUCAUUAAAUCAAUCAACAAUAAAUGUUGUAUCAAAUAGUAACACUCAUCAACAUGAACAUAAUAAAUAUAAUGGUAUAGAUAGAUUAUCAACAUCAAUACCAAUUAAUGAAAUAAUGACCAAUGGAAAUGGUGCAUCAAAUGAAGAAGCAGAAUUAUUAAAAAUACCAAAAAUUCCAAAAAAGAAAUCAAGAUUUAAUAAAGAGAAAAUGAAGAAAUUCAAAAAGAGUGUUUAUCAAAUCCUAUCACCAGAAACUCAAUUACCAAUUCAUAUAGUUGAUAAUGACCAAAUGGAAAAUACAGUUAUACCAUUCCUUAUGGAAUUAGGUAGAGCCCUAUUAAUGUCUGGUGUACCAGCACAUAGAUUAGAGUAUGAAUUAACACUAAUUAGUGGUACAUUUGGUAUUGAUGGUCAUUUCUUUACAACACCAACUGGUAUUUUCUUUUCAUUUGGUUCACCACAUACAAUUCUUUCACCCUAUACCCAUUUCCUUAGAAUUAAUUCAACAGAUUAUAAUAUGAAUCGUUUGAUUUUAUUGGAACAAUUGGCUGACCAAGUUAUUUAUGGUCAUGUUAGCUGUGCAGAGGGUUUGGUGAGAUUAAAGGAGAUCCUACGUUUAAAACCACUCUAUAACAAUUAUUUAACCGUGAUAAGUUUUGUUUUAUCUUCAUUUGCAAUCGCAUUCUUUUUUAAAGCGGGCUGGGUUGAAGUUGGUGCAUGUUCAUUCGUUGGUUUAUACGUUGGUUUAUUGAGUGCCGUUUCUUCAAAGUACGCAACAGUCGGUAGAGUUUUAGAGGCUCUUUCCGCUUGUGGUGGUGCUGUAUUGGCUUCGCUAUUCAAUGCUUUCAUUUAUCCAGUUCAUAUUUUCAUGGUGACACUUGGCGGAAUCAUUGCUUUGGCACCCGGUUUAAGUUUAACUUUGGCUGUGGCUGAGAUAUCAACUCGUAAUUUAAUCUCUGGUAAUGCACGUUUGGUUGGUGUUUUCUCUUGUCUUUUACAAUUAACAUUUGGUAUUGCAUUGGGAACUCGUAUCUCUGCAAAGAUAUUACCAAUUCAAAUCGAAGUCAAUCCAUUAUCUCUACCCUCUUGGACAAUGUUUUUAGCGGUACCAAUUGCUGCCAUAUCAUUUGCCGUUCAAAUGAAGGUACAUCCAAGACAAAUUUGGGUAAUCAUCAUUGCAAGUGCUUUAGGUAUACUUUGUGGUAAUUGGGGUAAUAAAUUCUUUGGUGAAGAUGUUGGUUCUUUCUUUGGUUCUUGUGCAAUUUGUAUGUUGGGUAACCUUUAUGCAAGAUUAUCAGGAACUUCUGCUGCAGUUCCAAUUAUGAGUGGUAUCAUUUUAUUAGUUCCUGGUAGUAUGGGUGUAAAAGGUUUAGUUAGUGUAUCAUCUGGUGAUAUAUCAGGUGGUAUUGUUUUCUUUGAAGGAAUGUUUAUGAUUGCUGCAUCUUUAACAAUUGGUUUAUUAGUUGCAAAUUUAAUUGUUAAACCAAAUAAAGCAUUAUAA